CGUAGGCGGAUACAACCUCGAUCCACACCAACCAACCAACCCACACAACACCAACCAACACACCCACACAAGAUGAUGAUCACCACCACCACCACCCGCAGCCUGAUGCUGGUGUUGUUGAGUGUUGUUGCGGUGACGGUGGCGCGGGCGAAUGGAGAAGGAGGGGAUGCGGUUGCAGUGCAGGUUGACGAGUUUGGGGACCUGCACAUGAACACGAGCUGCCCUGGGUCCGACUGCGGAGGGCGCAAGGUGUUUGUGAACGGGCAGCCCGUGGUGGAGCAGCUGCUGGAGGCGGAGGCGUUUGUUGACGCGAUGGCGGCGCGGCUGUGCGAGGCAUCAUCCCCCCUGAGUGUGGACGCGACACCUGGCCCGGAUAGUGCAUCCUUCUCUGGCGUGGUGCUGGCCCCCAACAACAACAAGUUGUACAUGAUCCCGUACGGACCAGACAUCAUCCCCAUCGUCGACCCGCUGCUCAAGACCGUGGACACGACGACCCUGUACCAGUUUCCGGGUGCCGUUCGAAACAGCUGGGUCGAUGGCGUCCUGAGCAGCACUGGCUUGAUCGUCGGCGUUCCUGGCGGUGCAAAAGCCGUGUUGGUGAUUGACCCCUUCAGCAACACUGCUGAGGCCACAUCACUCGCCCUGAACGACGAGCGAGGGUUCAAGUGGCACGGCGGCGUGCUCGCGGACAACGGCUUCAUCUACUGCAUCCCCAACAACGCCGACACGGUGCUUGCCGUGUACCCGGAGAAGGGCCUCCUCAACACCUUCCAGCUGCCCGCGACCAUCGAUACGGUUGCAGUGGGCGGCAUGUGGCGCGGCGGCGUGAAGGGCCGCGAUGGGCGCAUCUACGGCAUCCCCGGCACGGCGUCGUCCGUGCUUGUCAUCGACCCCGCCACAAACACCUUCGACGUCACCAGCGUUUCCAUCAACGUGCCUCCCGUGCUGUACCGGUGGCAGGGCGGCGUGCUCGCAAGCAACGGGCUCAUCUACGUCACGCCGUACAACGCGGAGGCGGUGCUGGUGAUUGAUCCGCAGCACGGCACCACGUCCAUGCUGCCGCUCACCAGCCCGGUCAAGGCUGGGUGGGCAGGUGCGGUUGUCAACCCGGUAGAUGGCCGCAUCUACAUGCUCCCAUAUGACGCACGGCACGUGCUCAUCGUGGACCCUGCAACCAACACCGUCGACGAGACCACAGCGGACAUCACCAACCUAGCGCCACCGUACCAUAAGUGGUGGAACGGUGCCUACAUUGAGGCGACCAGGACUGUGUACGGGUUUCCCAGAAGCGCCCAGGGCUUCCUUGGUGUGGACGCAGACCUCGCAAGCGUGUGCUGGUGAUGUGUGUUGAGUGUGUAUUGAGUGUUGUGUGUGUGAUAUGUGUGUGUGAUAUGUGUGUGCGUGAUGUGUCUGGUGUGUAGUGUUGGUGUGUCGAGAGCGUGUAUGGAGUAAAGUGUGUAGCAUAGAGGUAUGUGUUUGCAUGUAUGUAGCAAAUGAUAAGUGCACGAGUCAAUGUGUGUUGCUGCCUGGUUGAAUUCCAAGGCAUGUGAAGUUGCCACGUUGUGAGUGAUGUAACCUCAAGCGCCCCCCCCCCCUUUACUCUAGCCCACUUCCCCAUGUUACCCUCCUUGCGCCCAUAAACGCAGUAGUAGCA